CUGAAUGCUAAUCACAUGAUCAGGCUGCUGCUGCUGCAGCUGGUGUUGUCGAGCUGUCAGAGAAUCCGAACUGUCAACAACACAGUUAUUGUUGGUUUCAUUUAGUCCCAGGAUUUUCUCUUGCGUGAUGGAGCUAAUAUGGGGUGGGUUGUACACCCUGUGACAUGUGGACCAAAGCAGGACCCUCCCACCUUGCACCUCUUUUCCAACAACACAACUGACUGCUAUCAUGGCCUCCAGCUACUCUUCCCCCUUUGAGGGGACAGGUGAAGUGAAGGAGGGCUUUCUUUGCCCACUGUGCCUGAAAGACCUUCAGUCAUUCUACCAACUCCAAGACCACUACGAAGAGGAGCACUCUGGGGAUGACCGCCAUGUCAGGGGACAGCUCAAAAGUUUGGUUCAGAAGGCAAAGAAAGCCAAAGACAAGCUGUUAAAGAGAGAUGGAGAUGACAGACCAGAUACUGGCAGUUAUGAGUCCUUCUACUAUGGUGGAGUGGACCCCUAUAUGUGGGAACCUCAGGAACUGGGAGCAACUAGAAGUCACCUGGAUGUAUUUAAAAAACACCGGGCAGCCAGGAUAGAUCAUUAUGUCAUUGAGGUCAACAAGCUCAUCAUCAGACUGGAAAAGUUGACAUCGUUUGACAGGACCAACUCAGAUGCUGCCAAAAUCAGAGCCAUUGAGAAGUCCGUAGUGUCAUGGGUGAAUGACUCAGACGUCCCGUUCUGUCCUGACUGCGGAAACAAGUUCAACAUUCGGAACAGACGGCACCACUGUCGUCUCUGUGGGUCCAUCAUGUGUAGGAAGUGCAUGGAAUUUGUCCCCAUACCUUUGGCCCAAAAGCUGAUUAAUGGGACACGAGAAGCCCUGUGUGUACAUGGAAGCCCCGGUCAGUCCCAGUCUCCCCCGGCUGGAGCUGGCAGCAGUGGCAUGGGCUCCAGGAGAGGCAGCAUCAGCAGCCUGAGCAGUGUAACCUCCAUGCUGGAGGAAAAGGACGACGAGAAGAUCCGCUGCUGCCACCACUGCAUGGACACGCUGUUGAAGAGACAGCAGAAGUUGGAAGAGAAGGAUCACAUGCCUGAUAUUGUGAAACUUUAUGAGAGGCUGAGGAUGUGCAUGGAGAAAGUGGAUGAAAAGGCUCCAGAAUACAUCCGAAUGGCCGAGUCUCUCAAUGCCGGAGAAACCACAUACAAUCUUGACACUGCUGGUGGACUGAGACUGGAAGUACAGAAGUACUAUGAACUAAUCGAUGCUCUGAGCAAGAGGAUUUUAACACUGGGAGUUAAAGAUGAUCCACCACCGCGUCCAAAGGCGCUUCAGCUGCAGAGGAUGGUGCGGUAUACAGCCACACUAUUUGUUCAGGAGAAGCUGUUAGGUCUCAUGUCUUUGCCCACUAAGGAGAAAUAUGGAGAGCUGAAAGAAAAGAGGAAACAAGAACAGGAGAAGAGACUCCAACAAGAGAGACUGGCCACCCAGGAGGCCCUGAAGAAGAGGCAGGAGUCUGAGAGAAACCGUCCACCUGUCAGUACCAACGGAGAGCUGCCUCAGGCCCCUAGAGCACCACGCAUGACCAAAGCUGGUGGCUGGUUGCCCUCAGCAGACUCUGUUCAUACACGCAGCGAGCUGGAAGACCCCCUCCUGCAGCAGAUCGAGAACAUUCAGUCGUUCCUCCGUCAAGCUCGGGAGGCCCAGAGAACAGACGAGGUAGCCAUGUUGGAGGAAAACUUGCGUCAACUGCAGGAUGAAUACGACCAGCAGCAGACCAGCCUGGCUAUCGCUCUCUCCCAGAAGUUGGCUGAGGAGGAGAACUUGCAGCAGGGGGAGUUCAAUCGCCUGGAGGCCCGGGAAAGAGAAGAGAGGGAGGAGAGGGAGCAGAGGGGCCCCGCUGUGGGGUCCACCCUGCCUCCCUUCACCUGGGAGAGGUCUCUGGAUAUCAGCCCGGCAGGGGGCUUCCAGGGAGAGGAAGACACUACAGCAGAGGAUCUGACUCCUAAAGCAGAGAGAAGCCCGUCAUCUCUAAGAGCAUUCCCUGCUCUCACAACCCAGGAGGAGUCACCUCCUAGGUUGAGGAGCUUAGGGGGACACGUAACCCCCCCUGGUGGUGAAGGACAGAACAGCAGCUCCCUUAACCCUUUCGAGGAGGACGAAUCUCCUAUUGAGGAGGAUCCGUCCAAUCCUUUCUUUGAGGACAUCAAGAGGGAGCACAAAGAAGUAACCAAUGGGAAGAGAGAAUACAACCCCUUUGAUGAAGACGUCGAAGAAGACAAACAGGCUGAGACUGUACCAGGAAACCCCUUUGAGGAGGAGGAUGACGACACUGACCCAGGUAACCCUUUCACGGAGGCCUCUGGGAAUUCUCCAGGAGUCUCAACCAACCCCUUCGACGGAGAAGAUAAUGAUGAGGCUUUGCCCGAUUUGGACAUGAUAGAGGAAGAACUGCUGCUGCAGCAGAUUGAUAACAUUAGGGCCUACAUUUUUGAUGCCAAGCUCAGCGGCCGUCUUGACGAGGUGGAGCUCCUGUCAGAGAACCUGAGAGAGCUACAGCACACCCUGCAGGAACAAAAGAAGAAGAAGCACUGACACCUUUUCUUCAAAAUGUCCCUGAUCACCUGCUACUUACCAAGCCCUGCAAGGCUAGCUCACUUUACAUGACUAAUGAGCCCACUGAUUUUAGAUUGGGUGAGGUCUGCUGCACCACAGAAGGGUUAGGUUAGCCCCAAAAUUAAAUGUACUAAAUAUCAGUAGUCUGGAAUGACUCCAUUAACGUCUUUCUAAACCACUUAUCCUGCACAGGGUCACAGAGGGCUGGAGCCUAUCCCAGCAUGCACAGUUUUUUUAGCACCACAAGUUUGUACAAGAAGUUUUGCUGACCCUGUUGAAUCGGUGCAAACAGGAAUGUAUGACGAAUGCCACUUUAAAGAUUUUUUUUAAACAGGACAGUUGGAUGGGUCUUUGAGUUGAGUCUUGUGGAAGUCAGAAUGUGUGAUUUGGCUCUCUGGCAGAAGCUAUGAAUGAAGACAUAACAUGUUACAAGCAGCAAUCAACUGAUGCAUAUAAUCCAAAAUCCAAGGCUAAAUGAUAAAUCAUUUCAAGAGCUUUUUAUGCGGCCAAAUUAGGAGGACUCUUUAGCAAUUUAGCAUCUCACUGAUACCAAACUGAUGCAUCAAAACCUGAGAUAUCAUCUUUUUAAUUCCACGUGUUCUUCUUCCUCUUCAAAACCUAGUGCCUACAUUAGCCACAAUGCAGUUCAACUUUCCACAGUUUAGUCAGAGAUUUGUCUGUGUUACACUACUAGUGCCUAAUGUAGCCUCUAGCCUCCUAGCCUCUUUUUCUAACUCCACUAUCCUGAUAUUUUUUGUCGUCUUCAGCCCCAUCACUUGAGGAAAUUGAUCAGACUGUGUGCACCUCCCUCUGGAGCCACAAAAGGCUUUAAACACCUUCUUUUCACACAUGCACUAGUACUUCCCCAAGACCUGUAAACAUACUUUAAUGUGUAAAAUCGGUGGAGUUCCUCUUUAAUUCCAGUGAUAUUAGAGGUAUCAUGUUACUGUACCUACAAUUUCAGUUAAUCUGUGGUUAUUUAACUUCCUGCUUAACUUCAUUUAACUAAUGCCAAAGAACCAAACCAUACAUGACUGUUCCAACAGGGCCAUGAACUCUUCACAGACCACAUGACCAUCUCAUAAUUUAAUGAGAAACAAAUGGAAUUUGACUUUUGAGUUUGUUUUUGUGCAGCAUUUGAAGGAAACUGAUCAUUUAGAUAUAAAUAUUUAACCACAGGCCUAAAUUACUAAUUCAGUCACACCACUUAAACUGCAGCACCUUUCUCAUAGAUUUGAAAGGGACACUAAAAGGCUCAUUAAACACAAUUAAGCCAUUUUUGUUGCUUGUCAGUCAUGCCGAUAGUGAUGUAUCUUUAUGAUCUCAUGAUUGUAAGGAAACGCUUUUAAUCAAUAAUCACACUGCUAAUAACUACAGGUACGUUUGCAGUGGAAUAUCCAUACGUUUUUGAUCAAACAGUUUUUUUUCUGUGAAACUGAGUUUAAAUGAAUGUUAACCUAUUCCUGUUAGGUGACAUUUUCUAAGCCUGCAUGGUUGAAAUGAUCUCACAGAUUCAGUUAAUAGUUUUUUGUGCAUCACGGUUUGCUUCGACAUGGUUGCAUUUGAGACCUUUAUUUUUUAAAACCUGCAUCUUAAAUGCCACAUUGAGCCAAGGGAACAAAAGGUUUUCCACGUCCUACUGUGCAACCCCUGCAGGUUGUGAUCUUGUUGUUUACAGUGGCACUACUGAUCCAACUGAGCACUUGGGUUGCAUGAUUCAUGUGUCCGUGUGUCUUUGAAGUGCUGUUUGAUGCCGGUCUUUCUAUCGAGCUAGUGGCCAAGCUUGUCUUCCUGCUUUUGUUUUUUAUAUAAAUUUAGACAAACUGAUAAAAUCUCUCAACACGUUGCUCUUGUUCUGUGCUGUUGACUAAGAUCUGUAUGUAAAGCAUGUUAUCUGUUGAGUAGUUUCAUCUGAGAAGUCCAUUCAAAGUUCAUCCAGCCAGCUCAGCUAGCUCUCACCAUGUACAUACUAAACACUAUUUGCCAAGGCACAUUGUAGGCAACUUGAAGUCAACAAAAAAUGCACUAGAAUCCACUGAAAUCCCGAUGUGUAAAGAAAUGAGAUGACUAAACCCUUAGGUCAAAGCAACAUUUUAGACAUAUUUACACUACAUGAAUGCCAGCAAGUAUUACCACUCACAGUGCUGCUAAGUUGGUCCAUACAUAAAUCUUCUUGUGCUUUCCUGUCAGUCAGACUGUCCAUAUUUCUCUCCAGAGACCGAAAGUGUUUUGUGUUGUCUGUUAAUCUCACACUGCUUAUUUGUGAUGUCCACAGACGGCUGUCAGCAAAACGUGACACUAAAUGUUUUGUGACAGUGUGAAUAACAUGAGGAUCUUCUUAAUGUGUAUUAGCAGUUGAUUUUAGCUUUGGAAGUAGUUUGAUUAAAGGCUCUGCAUUUAGAACUAUAACUGCAAAAAUAAAACUAAAAUUUUGGACACAGACAUCAAUUUAUUAACUUAAGAAAAUUCCAUCUCAGCACCAAUAAAAAAAGUUGUCUACAGUAAAA